AUUUCAGAACGACGUCACUGUCAGGUACGAUAGACAAAAGUAUUCUGAGGUACAAUUUAGGAACGACACCCAGCCAUUAUACGGAAUUCUGAAUAGUCAUAUGUUAACUAGUGCCUUCACGUCUGGGUAAUGACUGACCAUGAUGCGGAGACGACAAGGGGUUAUAGGAGUGUGUUCGCGAAGAAUGUGCUACAAAAGUCGGCGUGUACAAGGGAGAAGAGCGACCUGGACAAUCAGAUGAGAGCCUUGAAGCAGCAGAGGAGUCGUGAGGAAAGGGAAGUGAAGCAGCAGUUGAGCAAACUGAGAGAGACACAGAAAUAUCUGUCGGGAACUGAGAUACAAGAUGAUGGUCGGCUGAUAGAAGAUGUUGCAAAUAUCAAUGAUUUUACUGAAGAAGAUUUUACACAACAAGAGGAGGAACCACUCAUCAACCCCUACCCCGUUGUCAUAACAACCGCGUUAUUCUCCACAUCUCCCGACAAGCCAGGAUCCCCAACGUCCCCUUUGAGAGGAUCUGACAUAAACCACCAAGCCAUAGUAAGACGGAAAGCGAGAUCUCAAAGGGAGCUUAGAGAACUGGGAAGUUUAAACAGCCUUGUUCGAUCUCAUACGUCAGGGUCACAUGUCGUACUGCCACCUAUAGGUGGUCCGAGUCGAGAAGGGUCAACUGUUUCAAGAUUGGGAAGUGAUGUAAGUAGGUUAGGUGACCAAAGAGCGGAAUGGCUUGGUGAUCCGGGGGCAAUAUCAUCCAUACGAAGACCUAGGAGAACGAUUGCACAACAACGGAUUGACCACAUAAGUGCAAGGAAUGGAAGUGAAACUGCCAGCACGACCUCAUCCUUUAUGAGUAUGGCAAGAAGUAUGAAUAACUGUAACCUAUCGGCUAGUUUUGGUGGUAGGGGCUCAUUGAAAGUAUUCAGUCCAUCUGACAGACCAAUGUUGAGGGCAUCGAGCUUGAAAGACAGAUGUAAAAGAACAAAACAAAUAUAUGAGCAUGCGAAAUCACCUUGUUCGAGCAGUGCCGGAAGUUCAAAGGGUAGUCAUGGUGAUGGAUCGCCUACAGAUGGCACCCCGACAUCUCCGAGAUCUCUCUCACCUGGGUCUCGCCAGUGCCUAAGUAGGGCAUCCAGCCUUAAGGAAAAACAUUCACGUCAUCCAUUAUCGUUAAGUGAUAACUCUCCAACCUUCAACCGAUCAUCCAGUGGACUCAUUGAACCACUGACGAGAGCAUCAAGUCUCAAAGAACGAAAGAUCUCACACACGGGCGUCUUUGAAAGACCUGUAGUUACAAAAAUUGCUUUUGCUGACACUAAAUUAGCAAAUAAGUCCAUGUAUAGACGGAGGAGACUUCACAGUGCAAAUGAUGACUGUCGUGAAUUGACUGGAGUUGACCAAGCCUUGGAAGUUGAAUCAAAACCAGCAGUCCAGGACAUUUAACCAAAUAAAUUUAAUAACUCAGAUCCAUAAGUUUUCAACAUUCACCCUAUACAAAGAGAAUAGACCAUAUCCAUAUGAAUACGGUAGCAGACUAUUGUAUUUACACCCUAUACGAAGAGAUCGGAUCAUUUCAAUCGGAGAAACGGUGGCAAAAGUCAAAUAAGAAUUGUAACACCAUUUUAAUCGUAAUUGUAUAGUACUAGAUGAUAUUUAUAUCAGAUGCCAUGCCAUUGUAUAAGUGGUAGGCCUAGGUUAUGCAUACCGUGUGGUUUCAAUGUAAUCGACACAAAGUAGUGAUGGGCAGUCCUUUGAAAAACAAUUUGAAUUUACCUCAAUAAAUUAUGAUCUAAUACCAGAAAUUGUAAAAGUGUCAGUAAUUCCGGAUCGAUGACGCAUAUAAAGGUAUUCGUAUGUACUGAAUAGUAUAUUCUUUGUUUCUUCGUUAAACAACACGGUCUUUGCUCAUUUUUGUCUGCUGAUACGAAACGUAUGUUUACUAACCAUCUCG